AUGCCAACGUAUAUUUACGACUAUGGUGGUGGAGGCGGCGGCAGUCGUGGUGGCGGAGGCGGCGGUCGUGGUGGCGGAGGCGGCGGUCGUGGUGGCGGAGGCGGCGGUCGUGGUGGCGGAGGCGGCGGUCGUGGUGGUAGCGGCGGUGGUCGUGGUGGCGGUAAAGCCCCUAACAGAAAUAAAUGCAUAGUUUGUUUCAAGCGGGGGCAUACCGCCACACAGUGCCAUUACGCCAAGCGCGCCGCCGCAGCGGCCACGGAUGCUGCCGCUGAGGCUGCAAGUAGAGCAGCCAGGGCAGAGAAGGCCGCAGAAGCGGCCAUUGCUCUCGCAAAAAAGUUGAGGGAGGAGGCCGCCCUGGCUGCUCAGCAGCAGCAGCAGCCGGAGCUGCAGCAGCAGCAACCGCCGCAGCAACCGCCGCAGCCUUAAUAACAUGCUUAUAAAACAAAAUAAUAUAAAAUACAAAAAAAAAAAAUUUAUUCAGUGUGUUUUCAUUUCCUGACCAUCAUUAUAGUUUAAUAAUUGGAGUUACUAAUUUGUAGGUGUCUUGUAAUUUAAAGAUAUGCGUACAUAUAAUGAUUACGAUGUUCAAAAUUUAAAAUAGUAAAUAAUUACAUCGAUAUUAUAUGGUACCUUUAAUGCUUUUAAUCUAAUAUUUGACAUUAUUAGAUAAAUAAUAUAAAUAAAAUAAAUAAUAAUAUAAUAAAUAUUAUGGUAGUAAGAUAAAAUAAAUAAAAUAAAAAAUGAAAAAAGUCAAU